UAAAGCACUAGUCUAGUCUUACAUCUUCUUCCGGAGCGACACUGGUCGACCCGCACUGAAGACUGAUCCCCUCCACCCUUGACAAGACAAACAUCAAUUUCAAACGUAUGAGUGCGUGUGUGAGACGUCUGUCUCUGCCCGCUCUGAGCUCUUCCUGAUGGGCGGCUGGUCCCGCAGUGCCGUGCUCCAGCUGUACCGAGCACUGCUCCGUGCAGGCCAACACCUACAGUACACGGACCGUGACUACUACCGGCGCACAGUGAGCCGAGAGUUCAGGUGCUGUCAGACCUUCAGCGCCCCAGCAGAGCGGGAGGACGCGCUGAAGAGAGGCCAGUUCUUCCUCAACAGUGGGCUGGGUGGGUUGGUGUAG